ACACAAAACAAGCAUUGUGUGCUGCUUUAGACAAGGAUAGAGCUAUGUGAGACACUGGCAUGUUCUUUCUCAUUCCGUGGUUCACAAGAGAAAGGUGCGUGUUUCAGACGAGCAUAAACAUGGAAAUAGAACGUACAGAUACUAAACAAAAUCUUCCAAUGGUGAACGUUAAACGGAAAUCAUCCAAAAAACGCCGUGCUAACGAGAGUCACAUGGAGGUAGAGGUAGUUAAUGGCAUAGAAGGAAAAAUAAAUCAGCAUACAACUAGUAAAAGAGCUAAGAAUGCUACAGAACAAAGAAAGGUUGCAGUGCCAGCUCAUCGAUACACACCUUUGAAGGAAAAUUGGUUGAAGAUAUUUACACCUAUUGUUGAGCAUUUAAAAUUACAAAUACGCUUCAAUAUAAAAACAAGAAAUGUAGAAAUCAGAACUGCAUCAGAUACCCCAGAUAUUUCGAAUCUUCAGAAAGCUGCUGAUUUUGUAAAAGCAUUUAUUUCCGGAUUUGAAGUGGAAGAUGCUUUAGCUUUAUUACGUUUGGAUGAUUUGUUUGUAGAGUCAUUCGAAAUACUGGAUGUCAAACAGUCAUUGAAGGGUGAUCAUUUAUCUAGAGCCAUUGGUAGAUUAGCAGGCAAAGGUGGAAGAACAAAGUUUACUAUCGAAAAUGUAACAAAAACUCGAAUUGUAUUAGCCGAUAGUAAGAUACACAUAUUGGGUUCCCAUCAGAAUAUACAACUAGCCCGUAGAGCGAUAUGUAAUCUGAUUUUGGGUAGCCCACCUUCCAAAGUUUAUGGUCAGUUAAGAAAUAUAGCUAGCAGAGUAUCAGGUCGAUUAUAAUAAGUUAUAAAAUAUAUCAUGUUGAACUUUAUGUAUAUACAUAUAUACAAUUGCUUUUCUUUCAUCUGUGUAACAGAAAGAUGGUUUAUGCUUAGUGUUCUGUAUAAAACCAAUGUAUGUAUGCGCGCGCACGUGUAUGUGUGAUGAAUAAUCGAUUGCAAAAGCAACUUAUUAUAAAAAAUGAGAUGUGAGAUUAUAAUUAGCGCAAUUUUAUAAAUAACAGAUUCAUAAAAGUAUUUGAUAUUUA